AUGAUGGACUUUCGACCUUCCCCUACGAGCCUCACCUCGUCAACGGCCAUUGCACGAGCAACAGUGCCACCGUCAAAGCAGCCAACUUACACUACUGCUGGGACAAUCUACAACCCAAACACUUCACAGCCGCUCCAGCCACCAACUCGUCGAGGCCGCUCUUUCAAGUGGGCCCAGAAUAGUGCUACCGACUUGUUUCCAAAGUCGGUUCUCAAUUCCUUGCCUCUCAAGACUCCGGGAUGCCAGGUUCCCAUGUUUCAGCAGUACUCUCCCCUCCAACAAAAUUACGAUCGAGCCGUUAGCCCCCUCGUCGAAGAAAACAGCCCUCUCGCGAAAAUGCCAUAUCCGCGCCUGCCACCUCAGGUGAGCAAUUACAACGGCACAGCUCAAAAGCGUUCCGAGGAGGAUGAAAACCUAGGAGAUGAGAACAAAAAGGAAGACAGCGACAGUGACAGCGAAUUUGGAAUGGAUCCUCUCAUGGGAAUGACUGUCAAGUCUCUUCACAAUCUUGCGUCCUACCCGAAUCCAAACCAGAAGAGGGCUCAGAAGGCCUUGCUUCGUGGAAUAAAGCAACCGACAGGUGGCGCGUCUGACCGAGCCAACUCCGUAGCUCCAUCAAAUGCGGUCCGCCCGAUUGGAUCUCCAGCCAAGAAAAAGAUCUCACAACGGAAUCUUCUGGGUGUAGCUCAACUAGAUUACAGAGUUCAGCCUACAACCCUGGUCGAUACUGAACAUGAACCUGUUACGCUUUCUGAGGAUGAGGUUAGUUCGGGUUCCUUGGGUACCUCUAGCCUCACAUCGCGAGAGGGCUACCGGACAGGUGCCCCGACAUUUUCGACAAGAGUCUUAGGUACCGGAGCUCCAAGACCUCUAACAGCGGGACCCCCUGGUCAGCGGCAAUACCGUCCAUCGACCUUUGAGUCGACUUGGAAAGCCUUGCAAACUAAGUCCCACUUACAGAAACCUGAUUUUGGAAAUUCCGAUAUGUUCGGACCAACCAUCAUGGACUCCAGUUCAGUCGAGAACGAGGGAGGUGCUUCUCUAUCCGAUGUUUUUACACCUCUGGGGGAUACUCGUACGCGUUCUACCAGUCCCUACGCUCAACAUGGGACAGACAAUAGCAAUUCAAAUUCCCGUGCUCUAGACAACAAAUCUCCAGGCACCUCCUCGGAAGACAGCGUCAAGGAUUCAAUGGAGCGAGAAUGUCAGCAGUCCGAAGGCUCUACUGAGCCGAGCAUCUUUGCCGUCUCUACCUGGAGAGACAAUAGCCCAGAAAUACGCAUGAAAUUCAUACCGGGGACUGAUAGAUUGACGGAUGAGGCAAUCAAAUCAAGAAACGACGAUAAUGACCGAUAUUGGUAUGCGGGGUCCGACUUCUUGGGUAAAACAGCCUCGGAGGCUGUUAUCGAUCUCAAAGUGAAAAAGUUGGAGUGCAACCUCGGAGCUAUUGGUGAUGGACGGCCACUCAGGGCUCAAAAUCAUUACUCUCCCAUUGGAAUUCAGGAGGCAAUUCAGAUCCCGCCAGAGGAGCACUCAAAGCCGAUCAUGAAUAUGACAUUCGCAACAAUUCUUCGUUGUCUUGAGGAGAAAUGGUGCCGCCAAAUUCUUCAGAAAAAUGAAAUCCGGGGACAGUAG